UGGGCAGCGCGCCUGCGCGCUACGCCGAACGUAUCACCAACGUAUUAAAAACACAAGAAAUACGAAUCCUUGUUAUUUGUUACAAUAUCUAUAGUGCUGGUUUGUUACUUCACAGUUCGAAUGAACACGAAAAUUCAAUACGAAAGAUGAGAUUACCGAAAUUGGAUAUGUCGAUGAAGAAGACGUGCAAGCCAGCUAUGCUGAGCAGGAUCUGGCAAGCUAGCCGACGAGCCUUGAACUUGGAACAUUCUCCUCCGCAAGUAUUCGCCUGUAGUCAGUGGCAGAAUGGAUCUCACCCGGUAACAUCCUAUUUUGUUUACAGGUGGCUACUAUUCCUCACUGUCCUAUCGAUUGGAAUAUCUAGUUUCGCCUGUCAACGUCUCCCACGAUUGUACAAGGGGCCGAAAGUGGAGCUGAAUUACUUCAAAUGGUUCAUAUACUUCACCAACUGGGGCUACCUGCUCAUCGUAGUGCAAGCAGGUCUUGCGCUCGCUGUUGUCCAUCGAUACAAAUCACAGAGAUCUUUUAAUAUACCAUGUGAAGACGAAGAAAUCCCGAUGCCUCGUCGUCAGAGGACUCCGUUGCUGUGUCGCUCGUACUGGUUGGCUCACACCGUCGCAACUGACCUGGCUUUCGUCAUCACGCUCAUCUAUUGGACGUUGGUGCAUGAUCCUAAAAUCCAUGAAAUCAAUACACUCAAUCUACUGGUCCACGGGGGCAAUUCACUAGUAAUGCUGCUGGAAUUAGCCGUCACUGCUCACCCAGUACGCGCUGCGCAUGCAUUGUUCGGGGCUGGAGCAGGCCUCGCAUAUGGUGUAUUUAGCGGCUUCUACUGGGCGGUUGGAGGUACCGACAGAAUUGGACUACCUGCUAUAUAUCCAGCUCUUGAUUGGAAUAAACCAGCAUCAGCUCUGGGCUUCGUAGCACUUUGCGCUGCGGUGAUGAUGUUCGCGCAUGGCGUGGCAACGUGUCUGGCGUAUGCUCGCUCCCGGCUGGCUGCGAGAUUGCUGCCCGCUCGCGCGCGGGCCGACCGACUCACGCUACCCACGCACUGAGGAUCGAGAAAACGUCGCUAUCGUGUAAAGAACUACAGGAACGCUUACAGUUAUAGGUUUUAGGGAGUAAGUGUUAAUUCUUAAAUUACAUUCCUUUAAGGAUUGCUGUGAAAACGUUUGCUGAGCGAAGAAUUGUUUUGAAUAAAGUGUGAAGUGAUAAUGAAAUACGGUUUCAGCAGAUCUUAAUGAGUGAUACCAUGACGCGUUAAUUAAAAAAAAACCAAAACAGUGAAAUUAGUAAAUAAUAACUGCAAUACAAAACUAAAGCAAUUGAUAACCUUAUGAAAGAUAAUGUAUUUAAUAGUUCUAUUAAUGCUUCUAUAUAUAUUCAGAUAUAUAAAAAAAAAACAUUAAUUCAUUAAAUAAAUACUAUUAUUGAAUGAUAACGAAACUAGUAUUGGAAAGUGAAUGAUUAUAAAUCAUAUUAAAUUAAUUGAAUAUAUAUCUUCUACGGGUAAAGUGUAUCAGAGGAUGGGUGAUAUUAAUGGACAUAGUAAUAGCCUGUUUUUCCAUUUAUAUAUUGUAUAGUACUUUAGAAACAACACUACAGAUUGCAUAAUAUAAUAUUUUUCAAUACCAAUAAGUAUUACUUGCUUUACGAAAGGUACAUUUUAAUAUAUAUCAAAUAUAUUAUAUUUUAAUAAAAUAAUCUGAUAAGGAAAUUUUCCUUUAAGUAUUAAAUUAUUGUUUUGAUUUAUUAAUAUUAUAAAUAAUCAAAAAAAUAUUUUAUUCUAUGUACGUAACACUAUUUAUUAAAGUUUCUAGUACUCGUUUGAACCAAAGAGGGUGAAACUAGUGUACCUAUAUUAAUAUAAAAACAAUUCAGACUUGUAUAAGAAAUUGUUGUGACCAUUGCUUUUAAAACACAUAAGAUAGAUAGGUACAGAAAAAAACAGUAUUUUUUCCAAAAAUGUAAUAUCAAAUAUUUUUAUAAUAAUUAAUACAUUUUUUUUUUUGUUAUUGUUAGUUAGUUCGGCAUGCUAUGCACACUUAUGUAAAAUAUUUCCAAAUUUAUUUUUGAUUACAAAUGACACAUUUUUAAAAUUCAAGCCCAACUUUCAUGUGUCAACGGUUUAUUACUGAAAUAAAAACUAAACCAUAGAAGUGUUUUAGUUUUCAGCAUCAUAUUGAAAGGUUCCUUAAUAUAUUUUAUUAAAUCCUAAACAGUUUCUAUUCGUAAUUUAUUGUUCAGUUUUUCUUUUAAAUAUCAAUAGUAAGGCUGAUUCUAACUGCCUGAACACCUUUUUGAUUCUGUCAUAAUUAACAAUGAUUAUUAAAAUGAUUUGAGGUAAACAAAUAUAAAAUAAACAAGUAGAAAUUCAAGAAGUGAUAAUUGUAAUUAUAUACUAUUGUAUUAUUACGCAGCAUUUAUUAUUGUGACAUUGUUACUCUUUUUUAAUAAUUAUUUGACCGAAAUUUUUCGGUUUUUGUUUACAUGCAUUUAUUUAUUAUGAUACGCGACUAGCUUUAAAAAUAUUUCUUUUAAAAGUGCUACGUAAGAACGUACGCUGUUGCUCGAAUGUGUAACUAGUUUAGCGUGGUAAAAAUUAGAUGAAGAAGGCCGUGCCGCUCAGAGGUGGGCGAUUAAUUAUCUACUAUUUGCUAAUUAAAGGACGUUUAAAAAGUGAUUUUUUGUCUAUGACCGUUUUACAAGAUUCGCGGCUGGAUAACUAUUUGAAUCAUUCAUUCUGGUACUUGUUAUUCUAAGCUAAUCUUUGGAAUUGGUGCCGUCUCUUAUAAUGUGUACAAUCGCUCACUUCUUUUGGGAAUGGUAACAAAAUAUUUACAAUUUACCAACUGGAUUUAUCAAGUUCCGCAUAUGAACGUGUAGAAUGAUGAGUAUCGAAUGAAUAAAAGAGUUUAAAUAUCGAAUCUCAAUAACCAUAUAACAUCAUAUGCAUUGCUAUAAAAUAUUACACUAUUGCAUUUUCCUGUCACGAUUUUUUCACAAUAUAAGGAAAAUAUAUUCUUUCCUACAUUUGUUAACGUUUUAAAUAUUGAAACUUGGUAAUAUGUACUGAUAUAUACUGUUGUACUGCUGUACUGUGUAAUGUCUUACGGACUUACCUAUAAAUGUUGUUUUUGGGGUGAAUAGAGAAACAAUGUUGUGUCUUUUUCUUUCGAAUAUCAAAUCCAUAAUAAGAGAAAGAGAUCAAUCUAUGUUUAAUGCAUCACUACAAUGUUUAUAAGUAAGACCGUUAAUUUUUAGGUGUAAUCAAUUUAAACAUCAAGGUGAACCGUAUGAUUUCAUUUGAAAAGAAACAUCUGGAUGAUUAAUUUAUACCCAUGUACCUAAACACUUUUAUUUUUUCUCAGGCGCAGCAUGCAAAUAUUGAUAUUAAACUCAUUCUAAAUUUAAUAAAAAUGUAAGCAGCUCUAUGUAUGCGAUUAUAUCAUAUAUUUGUUGCUACGUUGAUUUCUAUCGUCGAAAUUUUCAUAUUGUUAAAAUGUAACAAUUACAUUAUGACUAAACGACCUUUAACAACGUCGUUUCAUUAUUGCUUUAUAUACGUACUAAAUCUAUUUUUAAUAUGAUUUUAAUGUCAUUUCCGGAUUAUAUAUAGAAAUUAGGGAUGGGUCUAAUAAAUUCAGCAUUAAUUAUAUAUAAUAUUAUAUUCGUCCAACUUACCGAACAUUCGGUAUCUCUCAAAAAUUUCUAAUAAAAAUUGUACCCAAUGCAUGUCUAAUAUAGUAGUAUAAAUAUUUGAAGCAAGCAUAUUCAUUAGAGGUAUUCUAUAAUUAACUAUUCUUGAUGAAAGAGGUCCUACUACAUCUUAAUUCGCUCUACAUUCCCAAACUUAUACUUGUAAUUGACAAGCAAAUGGGCCACCUGAUGGUUAGAGGUCACCUUCGCUCAUAGACAGCGGCACUAUAAAUUAUUGUUUGAAAACAGCAGAAAUAAAAAAAACCUUAGAUUGAUAUAUUCCAUGUGAUUUGCUAAUAGCUUAUGCACUACAGUCAGCUCUUGAAUAAUAUAUUUGUAUUUUUAUAACAACACUUAUGAACUAAACCUAUGUCAACUUUAAUUUAUUUUACAAAAUUCCGAUAGCAUUUCUAUUCGUAUUUAUUGUGAAUGCCAUAGAUUGUAUUAUAGGUAUCGAAUGAUGUCAUAUUAAUUCAAAAUCAAAGGUAAUCCUUCUUCUCCUUUAAUUUACCUGCAAUUGGAACAGGCUAUAAGAUGUUAUGUCUCUUGUGUCUCUAAUUACUGAAUUUGGCAGAAUAUUCAUAUUCGGUUAAAUCUUUAUUCGGCCCAUCACUAAUAGAAUACUAUCAAAGUGUGUUACCAUAUAAAAUAAAAUUAUUUAGCAUUAAAUAAUGAAUAAUUAACGUAUAAUUUCAUACUCAGUAUGUUUAUUGUGAUUUUUAGAAAUAGCGUUAUCGUUCCUAGCCUACAUAUAAUAUUUAGGCAAAACUCUGUGAUGCGUUCUUCACGCAGGUAGUAUUAUUGUGGUAUGUGUAUUAUGUAGGUAAGAAUAAUCUAAAAUCAAUAGUUUUGUAUAAUGCUUGGUAUAAUGAAUUGUGAAUUAUCAAUUAUAUAAAAUAAAAUCUAAUCUAAUAUUAUUUAUAAAUCUGGUACAAAGUAUUAAUAUAAUAUUCUAUGUAUUAUCCAUGUGGU